AUGACGGAUCUCAGACCAAUCUGUCUUUGUUCAGUGUUAUACAAGAUUGUCUCCAAGAUCAUGGUGAAAAGAUUGCAACCCUUCUUGAGCCAAAUAGUGUCAGUAAACCAAUCAGCGUUUGUGGCGGAGAGAUUGAUCUCGGACAAUAGCAUUAUUGCCCAUGAGCUGGUCCAUGGUUUGAGAACACAUGACAGAAUCAGUGGGGAGUAUAUGGCAGUAAAAUCUGAUAUGUCAAAGGCAUAUGAUAGAGUGGAGUGGGGUUACUUGACUGCUUUGCUGACUGCUUUAGGGUUACAUAGUGAAUGGGUGAAAUGUGUUAUGAUUUGUGUGACAUCGGUGUCCUAUUCGGUGCUUAUCAAUGACCAACCGCAUGGGAUAAUCACGCCUAUAGAGGACUGA